UCGAUGAGGAUACAGAAGGAGGAGAAGGGCAAAACCACAGAGAUAAUGACAGCGACGGUGCGCGAUGUUUAGACACAGAUCGGCGCUCAUUUUUGACACGGUUACAGCAUAGCAAAGUCCGGACUGAUCGGAUCUGUGCACGCGAGCACCGCACGGCCUUUCGCGUCAGUUCGGUUGCGCAUCCACGUCCAGCGAGAGACUGGCGGAUAACGCGGGAGUGACGGAGGACGGACCGGACCCAUCCAUCGCUUUUUAGUGAAAUGUGCUGAUGACCCAAAAGUCGCUGUUACCCAAAAUCGAUUGUAAAAUUGGGAUUUCUGCAGGUGUGAGAGUAACCCAUCCCAUUAUCGGCUUUUGAUUGUGUUUUGGGGAGGGUGUACGGUUGUUCGCUUUUGGUCAUCCCCGGUCGUACGCUGCUGUGAGUUUCAGUCUUCAAGCAAAAACAACAAGAAUACAGAUGAAUUUAUGGAGCACAGAAUGUGUUUAUUUGACCCAAAAUGGUUUCCAUUGUGAUGAAAUGUCUCUGAAAUUACACUGUAGUCAUAACUAAAAUCUAAAUCGCUCAAAUUCAACACACAGGAUUUGUUUUUCAUAUUAAAUUACAAAAAUCAGACAAUAAAAAAAACCACAUAGCAGUUUGGGUCUGGAGAAGAGGAGUGAGGAAGUCCUUCAGUGGUAAAGACAUGGAUGCCAAUAUGGGUGAGAUGUCUGUACACAGCCAUGUGGAGCUGGCACACAGUCAGGACAGCCGUGCCAUCCUUCACUCUCGGGAUCUCACGGCUGCCUUUCCUCGUCCCUCUCUUGGAGGCUCUUCCAUGGGCCUGGAGUCUGAGCAUCAGAGCACCGGGUACGAACACAGCAUGACAACAUUGGGCUACGGUAGGGAUGCCCCGACCAGCUGUGGUAGCACCUACACCACACUUACACCCCUUCAGCCCUUCGAUGACAAAUUUCACCAUCACCACCACCAUCCCUGCCUGCCCGUCAGCAACGUCAUUGGCAGCUUUACUCUCAUGCGCGAAGAUCGAGGUCUGGCGGGAAACUACUACGCUUCAUACGGAAAAGACUUUGGUUUAGGACAAGGCCUGUCUCCACCGCUGGGCAGUGCAGGCCUGGAGACGGCAAUGCAUGGCUAUGGCAGCCUGGCCAGUCAGAACGGACAAAGUAGCCAGAUGCUCACAGGUGGCCACGAUGUCCAUAUGGCCAGCAAUGGGGGUAACAUGUGUCGAACAGCAGCAGACUUUGGGAGGGAGAUGUCACCACCCUCUUUAGGGGGCGAGCAUGGGGUCAGCCACCAGCUAAACAAAAUGGACGUCCAUCAGCACACUCCCACCUACCACCACCAUAUAUACAACCAGAGUUAUCAGCACCAUCUCGCCAGCCAACAGGCCUCCAAGCUCGGGGAGCUCCCCUCUCUCUCCCCUUCCUCCUCUGGGUCCAGCCUGGGAAGGGAGGGCAUGCUGCCCGGCUCUCAGAAUAGCGGCGGAGGAGAGGAGAUCAACACGAAAGAUGUGGCUCAGAGAAUCAUCACCGAAUUGAAGAGGUACAGCAUCCCACAAGCCAUUUUCGCAGAGAGAGUUCUGUGCAGGUCUCAGGGCACUCUGUCAGACCUGCUCAGGAACCCCAAACCGUGGGGCAAACUCAAGUCUGGACGUGAGACCUUCAAGAGGAUGUCCCGCUGGCUACAGGAGCCAGAAUUUCAAAGGAUGGCCUCUUUACGCCUGGAAGCUUGUAAGCGCAAGGAGCAGGAGCAGUCUAAACUAGAAAGGAACCAGGGCCCCAAGCGUACCCGUCUGGUCUUCACAGACCUGCAGCGUCGCACUCUCACGGCCAUUUUCAGAGAGAAUCACAGACCUACCAAAGACCUGCAGAUCACCAUCUCCCAGCAGCUGGGCCUCGAGCUCUCCACCGUAAGCAACUUCUUCAUGAACGCUCGUCGGAGGAACGUCAACCGCUGGAGCGAAGAGGGCCGCCCGUCCUCCACCGGCUCAUCGGGAUCCAGCAGCGCAUCUCCAGCUGUGACCUGCUCCACAGCAUGAUGGGAAAACGAGGCAUUUCUGCUCUGAACGGCACGGGGUCACCUGUAGCCGAAAGAGUUUGAGAUUUUAAAUCAAGGGUGUUUUUAUAUGGAAAUCAACAGCAGAUGAAACCAAAGAUGAAGUCUUUACGAGGGUAAUGUCCAAAAUAGAAAAGACUGAUUGUAGUUUUAGUGCUGAUUCUUUUAGCCGUAAUCGCAAAGGACUAACGCCCUACACAUCGGGGCUUCUGAAAUCAUUCACAGGCCAAGAUGUUGAGUUUCUGUGAAAGUUUUAUUGAAAGGUAUUUAUUAGAUAUUGCAUUGGUUAAUUUAUUGUUUCACUAUCAAAAAUCAGCGCAAGAUCCUAAUAUUUUUGGAUUUUCUUUGUUGAUGGUGAAACGUGAACAAUUCAUGAAGAAAUAAUUCAAGGAUUUUCUAGGUUCCAAAGAAAGACGUUUUUUUUUUUCAACAAAUGGACAAUUAUGACCAAAGAACCAAAGAAGGAUGCAAAUGAGUCUUUCAAAGAUUCUUCAAUGUCGAAAAGCUACCGAACAAAGAAGCUGCAGCUAAAACCAAAAUAUGAACACGUUUUUUCGAGAGCUUGUUUUCUAUUGUGCUCAAGGUUCAAAUCUUGCGCCAUCAUUACAAACAGCCAGGCCACAGCUCGUAGUCCACUUGUCAAAAAAAACUUCUCGACAGUCUCAGCACAGGAUGGCGUCGCUUCCUCUCAGACAAUGUUGGAAGGGCAGCCAUGACUCUAUUUGCAACAGCCUUUAAACUUGAACAAUUGAUUGAACCUCGUGUGAGUUUGUGUCGAUAGGAAUCCAGAAAGCUCUCUCCUUGCAUCAUAAACCAGCUGACAUCUAUAAUUUGAGCUCUUAAAAGUCACACUGAGGAUGGAGAAAUCUUUUGUACAAAUUUCAAGCACACAAGCUGGCCGAUGGCUGUUCGUCCUGGAAAGCUCAAAUGAAAAACUCUGACGCAAGCUUGAACUGAGAACCACUUUGUGUAUUUAUAAUUAUUUAUGUAUUUAUUUCCAAUCUCCUAGCUAUUUAUUUUAUUUAUUUGCUAGUUACCGUCAGUAUUUAUUUCCUCUGUGUUGUUUGUGUAUGACCCUCAGAUAGGGGUCCCAAUACCAAAGAUGAAGAUAUGUCCUCCCUGAAUGUCAAACUUUCUGAACGUUCUUAGUAUCUUGAUAGCCAGACUAGUGUUUAAAUCCACGGUUCAUACGUUCUGCAUGUUUAGACCCUUCACAGCCUGACCGAAUAGAACAGAUUUUUUUAUUAUUCAUUUAUUCGGUCUGGUUAAGCACCAAGCGCGCAUGUUUAGGUCAACAUUUACUAUACGACGCCCGCCGCAGCCUCUCAGGGUGGGCUGUGUUGGGCCUUGAGGGAGAGAACGUCCCUUUUUUUAAUGCUUCUCAUUCCCCUGUGUUUAACCUUUGCAGGGCAUGUAGUGAGGGCCCUUCACAGCAGGCACUUGAAAGGGGGCCCAUGAAAGAGGCCAUCGACUUUUGCCGACUUCAAAGGGGGCCUUUAUAUCUAUGUCCUCUCUCUGAGGCUGGGGCCGGCGCUCGGCACUUGGUCAGACCCAUGGGCUUAGGGCAUUCAUGGGAGGGGGGCAGAUCAGAGACUAGCUGCAUUACUAAAUCACGGCGAGGAAGAGGAGGGGUCGGGAGCAGGAAUUAAAGUUUAAUGAGCAACAAUUGUAAGCGUGCCCUGCGCGAGGUCGAAACUGUCAGCGUUUGCGCAGGUCACCUUGUUGCAGUUGGUGUUUGCCAGGCUUUUUUCUUAGACGUUUAAUGAUUUAGAUAUUCAAUUCAAAGAUUACAGUGGUAGAUGAUUAGAGAUUACACGACAACCUGUAGUGUUGAAGGUUACGUACAAUGCAGCACGUCGUUGAAGAUGCUUCUGAUGUAAUUUAGACUUCGGCGCCACCUGGUGGACGCUUUGUUCACACGAUUACUUUUGACUUUAGCCAAUUUUUAAUAACCAAAAAUUGAAAAACACAGUCUUGUUGUAUUUGUUAAUCUCUUAAGAUAUUUUUUUAAAUCGGACUCUUUUUCCAGCAGCUGUCGUAACAUCCCACAUGAAAAAAUACUGAAGUAUAUACCAUUUACUAUAGUAAACUUCUAGAUACUAAUUUUUUAAUCUUUACUAUAGUAUAAACAUACUACACAAUAAUAUACUAUAAUAUUACAGUUUACAAUAGUAAACCCAAUGAUGUUUUUCAUGUGGGACGCGUCUUUCCAGCCAUGUGUAAAUCAUUUUCAUUUCAGUAGCUCACCAACAAAAAUCUUUUACCCAACAGCUCAAAUUUCAUCUACCUCAACUGUGUGUGACAUGUUGCGAGAUGUAACUACCAAAGAGCCCAUCCAUUCAGGGAGCGUCUGCGUAUUUCUAAGUUUUUUAUAGCCAAAUGUGCUGGAAUCAAUCCGUGAACACAACAAAUCACAGCCCUACCUGCAGGCAUAAAGAACAGUGUUAUUGUGUGUUUGUGCGUGUGUGUGUGUGUGUGUCUGUGAGAGAGAUUGCAGAAAAACGUUUAUCAGUAUUAAUAAAGACCAAAUGGGAAUGACAAUCGGAGCAAGAAAGGGGGUCUUGCUGACCUUAUGAUUGCUUAUCCCGUCAAAAACAAAAAAACAAAACGAAGUACAAAAAAAGCCUAUGUAUAGAGAACAAACGAAUGCUUAAUGUCAGUCUCUACAAACAUAAUGCAAUGUUAUUCUCUGUCAUAAGAAUCGACAUCAUAGGAUCAGAUUUGUUGUUAGAUUACAACAGAUGAAGUUUUUUCCACUUGAGCAAAGACAUUGAUAUUUUUAGUGUCUGGAGAUCCACUCAUUUAUAGUUCAGAUAAGCAGACUGAAAAGGUAGCAGUUUUUCCUUUUAAAAUCCAUCAUUCAUUUACAAUCUUUCUACUGGUGUGGACAUCUGUAUCAUCUUAAGCCAUUCUCCCCUUGUGUUACCUUAUGAAUGUGGCUAAUCAACCAAAGGUGUAAAAAUGUCAAUCAUAACUGGACAUUGUGUGCUGAUCU